ACGCAGCAGUGCGGGAUAAAAACAUCCUGUCACUUCAACCGUUAGUGCUACGGAGGCUCGUCUGGGGAGCCGAUUGGGCCUGGUCGAAGCUGCUUCAUAGAGAAUCACGCAUUUGAUCCAGACGACGGUGUCACUUUAGCCGGGCAGCGAUGGUCGAAUGUGACAACAAAAGCGCGAACAUGCUGGCUCAGGAGACGGCCCAGCUUGAGGAGCAGCUUCAGGCGUGGGGGGAGGUGAUCCUGGCGGGGGACCGCGUCUUACGCUGGGAGAAGGCGUGGUUCCCCGCAGCCCUCGUGGGCGCCACCAGCGUGCUCUUCCUGCUCAUUUGCUAUCUGGACCCAUCGGUGCUGACGGGGCUGUCCAGCACCGUCAUGCUGCUGUGUCUGGCGGACUACCUGGUGCCGAUGCUGGCUCCCAGGGUUUUUGGCUCCAACAAGUGGACCACGGAGCAGCAGCAACGCUUCCAUGAGAUCUGCGGCAACCUGGUGAAGAUGCAGCGUCGGGUGCUGGGCUGGUGGCGCCGCCUGUGCACGCUGAAGGAGGACAAGCCAAAGAUGUAUUUCGUAUCGGUGAUCAGCAGCCUGCUGGCGGUGGCGUGGAUCGGCCAACAAGUGCACAACCUCUUCCUGGCCUACGUGAUUGUGAGCUUCCUGCUGCUGCUCCCCGGCCUCAACCAGCACGGCGUCCUGUCCAAGUACGCCUGCAUGGCCAAGAGGGAGAUCAACAAGCUGCUCAAGCACAAGGAGAAGAAGAACGAGUAGUUGGUCGUCUUGGCAUCUCAGCCCACCUGUGGUGUUGUGUCGUGGCCCCGCCCCCUCCAGUGACUACUGACUUUGUGUCUUGGUUUCCUCUUCCUGUUUGCAGCACUUGAAGUAAACACCCCCGCUCCUGUCUCCUUAUUUAUGUGUCCCAUCAUGGCUUGACCAUUGUCAAUAAAGUUUUAAAUGACAUUCA